AUGAACUGGAGGUUUAUUGAGGUCAUCUGCUUCCUGUUUAUAUGGGACCAUAUAACAGUUCAGUCUUCCCGCCAGGACCCAUUGGCCACUGAGCAACAUGUCACCAAGCAAUAUGACUGGCUCAUCUCUGACCGUGGACCUUUCCACCACUCUCGGAGUUAUCUGUCCUUUGUGGAAAGAUUCCGCCAAGGAUUUACGACCAGAUAUAAAAUUUAUAGGGAAUUUGCACGUUGGAAGGUGAGGAACACAGCAAUCGAGAGAAGGGACCUGAUCCGGAACCCCGUGCCACUCAUGCCUGAGUUCCAGCGCAGCGUACGCUUACUGGGCCGCAGACCCACCACUCAGCAGUUCAUCGACACCAUCAUUAAGAAAUAUGGAACCCAUAUUCUCAUCUCAGCCACCCUGGGAGGAGAGGAGGCACUGACUAUGUACUUGGCCAAAAACAAGCUGGACAGGAAGCUUGCCAACGCUACUCAGAAUGUGGAAGCCCUUCAUCAGCUGGCCUCGUCAUACUUCAUUGACCGAGACGGCACCAUGAGGAAGCUGCAUGAGAUCCAGAUUUCCACCAAUGCCAUCAAGGUGACAGAGACACGGACAGGGCCACUGGGAUGCAGCAGCUAUGACAAUCUGGACUCAGUUAGCUCAAUCCUUCUGCAGAGCCCUGAGAGCAAGCUUCAUCUGCAAGGUCUUCAGGUCAUUUUCCCAGAAUACCUGCAGGAGAAAUUUGUCCAGUCAGCUCUGAGCUACAUUAUGUGCAAUGGAGAGGGAGAGUACGUGUGCCGUAACAACCAGUGCAUCUGUCAGUGCGCCGAGGAGUAUCCCCAAUGCAACUGUCCCAUCACCGACAUCCAGAUCAUGGAGAACACCCUGCUGGGGAUGUCUGAGUCAUGGGCUGCCUCUUAUAAAGACUUUGAGAACUCUGAUGAGUUCAAGUCCUUCCUGAAGAGGCUGCCCUCCACUCACUUCCUGCCCAUCAGCAGUGUGCAUCUCCUGUGGGGCAGCGACUGGGACCUGCAAGCCCGCUACAGGCUCCUCCAGAGCUCCCUGGAGAUUCAGCGGCUCAAGAUUCAGAGCACCGCCCGCAAGCUCUUUGGCCUCAGCAUCCGUUGUCACCACAACCCAAACCACCAGAUGCCUAGGGAGAGGUCUGUGAUGCAGUGGCUCAACAGGGUUCAGUCCUUCCUCUACUGCAAUGAGAAUGGGUUCUGGGGGACCUUCCUGGAGAGCCAAAGGACAUGUGUGUGCCACACAGGUGUCACCCUGUGCCAGCGACCCAUCCCUUGUGUCAUAGGUGGCAACAAUAGCUGUGCCAUGUGCAGCCUGGCAAACAUCUCACAAUGUGGCUCCUGCAACAAGGGCUACAAGUUGUACCGUGGUCGCUGUGAGCCCCAGAAUGUGGACUCAGAGCGUAGUGAGCAGUUCAUCAGCUUUGAAACUGAUCUGGACUUUCAGGACCUCGAGCUCAAAUACCUGUUACAGAAAAUGGAUUCGCGACUGUACAUUCACACUACUUUCAUCAGUAAUGAGAUCCGCCUAGAGACCUUCUUUGACCCUCGAUGGCGUAAGCGCAUGUCCCUGACUCUCAAAAGUAACAAAAACCGGAUGGACUACCUCCAUAUGAUAAUCGGUCUAUCGAUGAAGAUCUGCCAGAUGCGAAAUAGCAGUAUUGACCCCAUGUUCUUUGUUUACGUCAACCCAUUCAGCGGAAGUCACUCAGAAGGCUGGAGCAUGCCCUUUGGUGAACAUGGUUACCCACGCUGGGAAAAAGUACGACUUCAGAACUCCCAGUGCUUCAACUGGACUCUCCUGCUAGGCAACCGGUGGAAGACCUUCUUUGAGACGGUGCACAUCUACCUGCGUAGCCGUGCUAAGAUCCCAACUGGCCUACGCAACGACACAGGACAAGGCCCAGUGGAUCUUGCAGACCCUAACAAGCGCCAGAUCUACAUAAAAAUAUCUGAUAUCCAAGUGUUCGGCUACAGUCUGCGCUUUAAUGCCGACCUGCUCCGAAGUGCUGUGCAGCAGGUUAACCAGUCAUACACACAAGGAACUCAGUUCUACUCAUCCUCAUCUGUUAUGCUCCUGCUACUGGACAUUAGGGAUCGGAUUAACCGCUUAGCCCCUCCAUCUGCACCUGGCAAACCCCAGCUGGACCUCUUCUCUUGUAUGCUAAAGCAUAGGCUCAAGCUCAACAACAGCGAGAUGAUUCGAGUAAAUCAUGCCUUGGACAUGUACAGCACAGAGAUACUAAAACAAUCAGAUCACCUGACUGCUAAACUCUGUUGA